AUGGCGACCAGCGAGAAAGAUCAAGCCGUUUUAGAAAGUAUUUUUAAUCCUUUGCUUCCCCUCGGUGAUAUUCCUCAAACGCAGCCUAAGAAUGAAAAUGACAUCAAUGAAGACAACAGAGAGGAUUCACGAAGGGCGAAGGAGCUCGAGGCGAUGGGUGUCGAAAGAGCAGAGCUGGGAAAUCUCGAUGGAGCACUUGAGUGUUUUAACGAAGCUUGCGAGAUAUGUCCGUCUCGUUCAUCUUGCUUUAACAACAGGGCUCAGCUUUGGAGAUUAAAAGGUAAUAUUUUAUAGUUAAAACUGUGAAAGGUUUGAACCCAGGAGUCAUUUUAAAAGUAGGUUAAGUUUGAUAGUCCAGGUGAACCAGGACCUGAACAAUUGAUGAAAUCGAUAAUCGAUGGCAAUCAAUAACAAUCGAUGACAAUCGAUAUUAAUUAAUCUAUUGAUAUUGAUAAUCGAUGGACAAUCGAUCACGAAAACUUUUGUGAUUAUUGAUUAUCACUGAUUAUCAAUAUCAAUCGAUAACCAAUGGGAAUCGAUCAAUUAACAUAGUAGAUUGUUAUCAAUAUGCAAUAUCAAUCGAUAACCUAUUUAGUCAAACAUUUCAAUUAUCAAUUUAAUCGAGUACUAAUAAAGUUACGCAUUUUAAUAUCACUGCUUUUUAUUUGAGUAAAAACCAGCGAGUAGCAGUGCGUAAACUUGUUUAUUCGCCCACACGUUUCGGGCGAGUUUAAAAUUCAUAGCAACGUACUACGGAUUUGUGUGUAAGAAAAACAAACCCCACUGUUAUGCUUCAACGAAACAGCUGGCAAAUUAGGCAAGGUGUGAAAUAUUUAAUGCAUGAUGUAACGUUUUGAGCUAACAGUUUAGCUAAGUAUUCAUAAAAUAUAUUCAAUUAAUUUAAUGCACACAUUUUCUGUUACGUGGGCGUCUGCUCGGACAUAUAAAGAAAGAAGAAGAAAAAGAAAUAACAAUGAGCUUAAUUGUGUUUGAACAAUGACUGCGUCCCAGGUCAGUUGAAUCUUUGCAAUGAACUCAAAGCUAAAUUGAUCAAGUUUGUACUACUGACAAUGAGAUAUGUUAAUUGUCUUAAUUAUUUGUGCUGUUUUUCACGGAGCCACAUCGAUGAACAAUUCUCAAACUUUGCUACUGAGGUUUCAAAAUAAUAUACAAUCUGCGUACACUCCGGGGAUACCUGAAGAUACAGAGACAUGAAUUUAGUGCCAAUUUUAUGGCAAUCGAUGAAGUUCGUGACCAUCUAAGUGUGAUUAUCAAUUGAUCAUCGAUUGGCCAAUGCCAAUCAAUGCUAAUUAAUAGUAAUAAUCGAUUGUCAUUGAUUGAUCGAUUGAUUUUCUGAUCAUCAAUUUUCAUCGAUUGUUCAGGUCCUGGGUGAACGUAGUCCUGAACAGGACUAGCCUGUUGUUGUUGACAGUGACUGACGUUUCGACAACCUGUGCGGAAGUCAUCUUCAGCGUCAAAGUGAGUUGUAUCACGUCAGUUGAUGGUAUUACACUCUGGUUACUGAUUGGUCAAUUAUGUGGCAAUGUUAUUGGUCGUCUGUCAGUUAAGCUGUUAUGUUAUUGGUAUCACUUUGACUCUGAAGAUGACUACCGCACAGGUUGUCGAUCGUUGUUAAAACAUCAGUCACUGUCAACAACAAAAGUCCUAUACAGGACUACGUUAAACCGGAUGAUCAAACUCAACCUACUUUUGAAUUCUAUAGUUACUGAAGUAAUAUUACAAAUGUUAUACCUUGGUUAGUAAAGGUUUUUCUCAAAUUGAGAAAAAGUUAUACCAUUAAAGAUGUCUAGUAACAGCCGAUUACUGUAUUAACAGUCAAUCAAUCGGUCAAUGAAAGCUUUAUUUACCCACUGUAUUUCUUCUUUACAGUGCUCUUCCAGAGAGCUAUGCCCUAAAUUACAAUAACUCAGUAAUCGGCUGCAUUACAACACAGUAAUCAGCUGGCACCACAGACACCUCAACUUUAUAGUUCACAUGGAUAAUCACAAAUGUAACAAGAUUCUCUAAUCUGAUUGGCUAUUAGCAGCUCCGAUUUCAGCAUUAUACGUCAGUCCAAAACUUCAACACCACAUACCCUCAGCAAACCCUGGGCGUUGCUUGUACUUCAUGGAGCUCUGGCAGGCGAAGUGCACCUGCAGAGUACCAUGGGUAAGUAAAUCUACCCAUCCCAGAAAAUUUGGUAAUCACGUGACUAAACACCACCCUCACGCCCGUCUGUCUCUUAACCGUAUCAAUAAGAUUUUAAAAGCUGAAAACUGGUAACUUACAUUGCAAACAUGGCCGUGCUAAUCAUACAUGUGCAGCGCACGUGAAGUCAAGAGUUUUUAAAUCCCUGUUUAAGGUGUGUUGAUACAGUUUUCCCUAAUAUGUCGUGGCUGCAGCCUGAAAGGGUUCAUUUAAAAAAAUGCAAACCUUUUUCGGUCAAAAACGUUAUAUUGCCAACCAAUUAUGGCCACAGGUGAAAAUCGUUUUUAUAGCACUGAAAUAAUUUGAGCCAAACCUUGAUGGGAGAUGGUGAUUUGAUUUUUUUUUUAUCAAAACAAUUCUAGACCUUUUGUUGUCCUUUAAUGGUGAUGCACGAGAAGAGUUUGAGCAACAUAAAAUGAAUACUGUCAAAGUUUUAAACCCUGAAGUCAUUUCACAGGUAGGUUGAGUAUGAUCGUCUAGGUGAACGUAGUCCUGAAUAGGACUGUUGUAGUUGACAGUGACUGACGUUUCGACAACUUGUGCAGUAGUCAUCUUCAAAGUCAAAGUGAGUUGUGUCACAUCAGUUGAUGGUAUUAAACUCUGGUUAUUGACCUGAUUGGUCAAUUAAGUCGUGAUGUUAUUUGUCAUCUGUCAGUUUAGCCGUGACGUUAUUGGCUAUGAAGAAUCAUUAUGUCAUUGGUUCGUUUCCAUCCGUCUAUUGUCACAGUCAAACAGUCGUAUAUUGUUAGUCAAAACUAACUACGAGAGGACAUGACAAUUUGACUUACAAUAAAUGAUUCUUUAACUGUAACAUAGACAAAUCGAAACGCACCAAUGACAUAACGACCAUGCAACAACAUGCACUUAACCGUGCCAAACCGCACCAAACAGCAAUAAUUUGUACCAAGGUGAACCAAACUACACUUUUUUACACAAACCCGCUCCAAACCACCAAGUUGCCAAAAGUGCACCAAUCUCCACAGGCAUGCACCAACCUGUGCCAAACUGAACCAACAUACACCAAACAGGACCAAUCUGCAUCAAGUUGCACCAAACUGCAAAAUUCUACACAUAACUGCACUAAUCUGCAAUAAAAUGUGCCAAAAUGAACCAAGUUGCACCAGACUGCGCCACACUGAACUAACAUGCACCAAAGUGGACCAAUCUGCAUCAAUUUGCACCAAACUGCAAAAUUCUGCACAUAAUUGCACCAAAAUGAACCAAGUUGCAUCACACUGCACCAAUCUGUACCAAACUACACCAACUUGCACCUAGUUAUCUUAAACUGCACCACGUUUCAAGAAACUGCACCAACGUGCACGAAAUUGCACCAGAUUUGGCCACCUUGCACCUAGCCUGCGUAGCAUGGCGGUUUUGGUUGGGUGCGCUAAGUAAUAAGGGCGGGCAAGGUCAGAGAAACCGCGAGGAGAUUGGGGCAGGAGCAACUUGAAAAACCGCCUGCACGGACGGGGGGCUUUUUUGAGUCGGUCCGUACGCCAGCAUACGGAUCGUCCCGAUUGGUUCAGAAUGUUCGCCUGUCAAUCAAAUAUCUGGGUAAUCUCCCAUGGGAGAGUUUCGAGGGACUGAAGAAAUCAUCUCCGCAAAACAAAAUCAAAAUAUGAAAGAAGCGUUGACCAGAGCAUCGUCGAUCUUGAAUAUUUGACGGGAAAACAGGGCAAUCGUAUUGAAGCCUAAACAGGAAAUGGCCAUUUACAGUCUUCUUCAAAGGAGAGAUGUCAUGGAAAUUUUGUCAACAAGAUUUGGCAAGAGCAUGAUCUUUACUAUCUUUGCUAUGGCCAAAGAAGAAAUUUCCUCAUCGAAAACCUGUAUGAUCACAAUUUCCCCUCUAAAAAGUACUAUCGACGACCAGAUAUCUGGAAUGUUGUCGCUGAGCUGUACAGCAAUGGACCUUAUGACAGAAACAUUAAAUUCCAGUGCUUCGAGAAAGUUCACCUCAAUUUUCUCUAUUACUCGGUGUUAGAGAAUAAUGCACCCCAGCGCAAUACAUCGAACGGUGUCCGCGAUUGUGGUCGAUGAAUCGCAUACAGUAGAAGAAAGACGCACAGCGUAAUUGUCCAUACUGUUUCGUUUGGUGUAGCUUAAGUUUAAGCUACAACUCAAAUCUGAAGAUCGUGCUAUACGUAAAAAUACAACAUCCUGCAAACAACACUUAAGAGCGGAUGUCUGUAAAUAUCGACCAGACGUGGGAAAAAUAAAAGUUUUGAAAAAUUCCAAAAAAAUUAUGUACACUCCCCUAGGUAUUCUAGUGAUGAAAAUAUAAAUUUUAGUUUCAUUGGAUAAAUAUUUUGGCGAUACGACGAAUGUCAACUUCGGGCGAUUGACGGCCUCCGCCAGACCGCUCUUUCGGGCCCCUAGACCGGGCUACGAAAAGACCACGAUUUCAAUCGAACUCAAAUAUCAUUCAACCCAAAAAGCUUCUUAUCGUAUUGAAAGGGGUUUUAUACACAUACUGAAUGGUCAUGUUCUUGAAUCGAUCGCAACUGGAAUAUUUGAUGGAUUUUUAAAUAUUUACAAAAUUUUAAGGCUUUUACGCGAGCAAAAUAUUGUCAGAUUUCAAAGGCCUAAAAUCACAUCCGAUACAUGAUUUCUAACAAAAAAAGACAUUCCACGUUAAAAAGCAAUCUCUAAGCUUUCAAAAUAUACUUUCAAAACUCUGGGCAACAUAUGAAAUGAAUUUUUGGGAACGCAAAAUUUACAGAUCACUUGAUUGUAAUUUGACCUUUCCUUUUUCGACUGUCAAGAGGUUCGGCGCGACACAAAUCAAUCCUCCAACAAAUGUUUCAGCCAAAAUACGUUUAAUUUAAGUAAUCUCAAGUCCCACAGAGAUACAUGCAUGCUUCAUAUACAUUAGGUGGAAAGUUUCAUGCCAUUUUGUCAGCCGUAAAGAACUAUUACUCUGGCCUUCAGGUGCAGUAGUUGAACUCGCCUCGCUAAAGUAAACAUGAGGGUCAAGUUCUUAUCACGAAACAGCGACCAACUAUCUAUCCUGUCUAGUACAUAAUCAGGUCUAUAAUUUGUUUGUUUGUACCUUGUGUCCUUGUUUGACUUCAUUCCCACAAUGAAACUGAGACAUGCAAACUACAACGAAAUUCCCGCUCGCUCGAAACGUCACGUGUCACGUGAAAAGGCCGUUUUAGACCUGAUUGCGUUACGUAAACAUGACACAUAGCGAUUAUUGCUGAGUUGUGCAAAAAAAAACUGCAUUUCUAUUUUACAUGUUGAAGGUAUGCUAGACAAUCUCAAUUUUUUUUUCUUACCAUGCAGUUUUAUCGAUCUCAGGCUUGUGAUCCCCGAGUUUUCAGUGAUCCCCGAAGUUUUCAGUGAUCUCGCCUUUUUGGGUUCUCAGUCACGACUGAUCCCCCCCCCCCACCCAUACCCCGCUUAAAGUCAAAUGGCUGGCCCCUAAUUACAUGUAGAAAAUCCUACUACCGUCUGAUAUUGUGCCUACGACACCAAUCUUUGAUAGUGCGCUCUCGGUCUAAGGUAGUACAUGUCUACUCCUUACUGCACCACGAGUGGAACACCGCUGGCAGGCUAGGUACCUUUAUUCCGCUAUUGUAGUCACAAGGCAAGUAAACAUUAUGAUAAAAAAAAAAAACCUAUGAUCUCCAACGCUGAAAAGGAAGGGGGUUCAAAAGCGUGGUUUUCAAAGCUAGAGCUGUAAAUGUAUUACACUGUAUAUGCGUUUCUGGCCAUCAUCAUCGUCAUCAUCAUCAUCAUCAUCAUUAUCAUUAUCAUCAUUAUUAUUGUAUUUCAACGCAAGCAACAUCAAUUAUAAAGCGGGCGCUGAUUGGCUUAGCCUGCGUAGCAUGAGCCGGUAAUUACCUAAUCACAGGCCGCGCGAGGGGAACACGUGAAGGGGAGAGGAGACCUCCUCUCCUUUUCUCUCCUCAUGCGUCCUCGACACUUCUUCUUUCGCCCAUCCUCCCCCCCCCCAAACAAAACAAAACAACAACAACAAAACUGGCGCCUGCUACGCAGGCUAUGAUUGGCCCUACUCUGAAACGUUUAUGCGUGGGUCAAAGCAAGGAAAGAGACUGGCGGGGACGGACCAGGGGCGGGGGAGAUGAAGCUUUGUCCGUGUUACACUGAUUCUUCUAUAAUGAGUUCGAAGAUGCGCAAGAGCAGGCACCUACGCAAGUUCAAUGGCAUAAUGCAGAACUGACUGUAAAGUGGCACUUAACUGAUCGGUUGCUCUCUCCUAUGCGCACGUACGGUUUCCUCGGUUAUUUAUUACUUGAACCACACUGAUCACCCACCCAACGCUCAAUUUUUGCACGCUGUAUCGCCGCACAAAGGCAAGCAGAGUUGUACUAGCUGGCAAUGAUGCUCGUUUAUUUUCAGCACUAGAGUAAACUUCGUAAAACAAGACGGUCCAAAAAUCUAUAAAUAUCGACGCCGCAAUCACUAGUUGAGACCGUGGUAGGACGCCCUUACUUGUGCUUUAUACUGGCUUUAUACAGCAUUUUGCAUACAGCAUUAGGAUAUUUCCAAACUGACAGAAACCAGGACAAACAGAGGAAGGGGGAGAAGUGUCGAACCACUACCAACAACCAAAAAGAACAACGCAAACAAUAAUGUUUGACCCUAGGCCCAGCCCAAGGCGGGGGUUGGAGUUGGGAGGGGAGAGUUGAAGUUACCGAGAUGAUAAAGGGAUUUCUUUUUCGUUUUGAAAUUUUUCAUCACGGGAUUUCUUUAGGGAUAGGAAACUUUGGACAAUAUAAAUAACUAUAGACAUUCUUGGUAGCUUGAUUUAAGUAAGAAUUUCAAAGAGUAUUCAAAACAAUCUGAUUGGUGUAGCACCGCACGCGUACAAUGCUGGCCGCACAGUUCAGACUGUCAGAUGAAAAAAAGGAAAAUUCAGCAGAUGGUACCAUGAACAAACCAACCACAAACAUUUACUUUUCAUUUUUUGGCGUACCAUAUCAUUUAAUCCUUCACGGAAAAAAAUCAGGGCUUGGAGAAAUUAGGGCUUGAAAAUUUGGGGGGUUAAUUUUCGGUCCUAAGAUAUUUUUGGUUUCGUCGGGAAUCCGACAAGUCUGGUAAAACUGCAUGGUAAAAAGAAAACCAGAUUGUCUGUUCAUUUAAUGGCAUAUCUACAACAUGUAAGUCAGAAAUGGAUUUUUUUUGCACAACUUAGAAAUAAUCGCUAUGUGUCAUGUUUACGAAACGCAAUCGCGUGACAUGUCGAGCGAGCGGGAAUUUCGUUGUAGUUUGCAUGUCUCAGUUUCAUUGUGGGAAUGAAGUCAAACAAGGACACAAGGUACAAACAAACAAAUUAUAGACCUGAUUAUGUACUAGACAGGAUAGAUAGUUGGUGUAGAUUUUGAAAACUUCGCUGUUUCGUGAUAAGAACUUGACCCUCAUGUUUACUUUAGCGAGGCGAGUUCAACUACUGCACCUGAAGGCCAGAGUAAUAGUUCUUUACGGCUGACAAAAUGGCAUGAAACUUUCCACCUAAUGUAUACGAAGCAUCUAUGUAUCACUGUGGGACUUGAGAUUACUUAAAUUAAACGUAUUUUGGCGGAAACAUUUGUUGGAGGAUUGAUUUGUGUCGCGCGGAACAUCUUGAUUGUCGAAAAAGAAAGUUCAAAUUACACUCAAGUGCUCUGUGAAUUUUGGGUUCCCAAAAAUUCAUUUCAUAUGUUGCCCAGAGUUUUGAAAGUAUAUUUUGAAAGCUUAGAGAUUGCUUUCUAACGUGGAAUGUCUUUUUUUGUUAGAAAUCAUGUAUCAGAUAUGAUUUUAGGCCUUUGAAAUCUGACAAUAUUUUGCUCGCGUAAAAGCCUUAAAAUUUUUAAAUAUUUAAAAAUCCAUCAAAUAUUCCAGUUGCAAUCAAUUCAAGAACAUGACCACUUAGUAUGUGUAUGAAACCCCUAUUAAUACGAUAAGAAGCUUUUUGGGUUAAAUGAUAUUGGAGUUUGAUUGAAAUCGUGGUCUUUUCGUAGCCCGGUCUAGGGGACCGAAAAAGCGGUCUGGCGGAGGCCGUCAAUCGCCCGAAGUUGACAUUCGUCGUAUCGCCAAAAUAUUUAUCCAAUGAAACUAAAGUUUAUAUUUUCAUUACUAGAAUACCUAGGGGAGUGUACAUAAUUUUUGGGGGAUUUUUCAAAAAUUUUAUUUUUCCCACCCCUGGUCGAUAUUUACAGACAUCCGCUCUUAAAAAGCCGGGCCCAGCGUCAAAACAUUCACAGACAAAGCAGUGACAAAGAAACUACAAACCAAGGCUCCUUGGUUUGUAGUUGUCCAGAUCCAGGCAUUUUAGUCGGAAAAGACCAAAGAAACUAAAAUAUUUAUUUAGCCGUAAUAAAAAGCUUUAGGCUUUAAGAGUGGUCAAAGAAAUAAGUACUUUACAACUGCAUCUAAGAUAAACAAGUUCUAAUUAGCAACACUAACAUUAACCACAGGAAAUAAUUACUCAAUACGGAUUAAACAAACCAAUUUCAUGACCUCUAAAUAAAUGUAAGACUUAGUGCAGCAAAAACAAGAUCUACUCACUCAAGUUUAGAACGCAGUGUAGUCACCUAUGCGCGAGAUAGCCACAAAGAAAAAACCUGUGUUUGUUCUAGCAAACUCCAAUUCCAGGCCAAGAUCACGUUUUACACUAUAUCACGAGCUUUUGUGUCGUGUUUAGGCUGUCAACACUUUAUUUCUGAUUGGCUGGGAAAACUGAAACCAAAGAAGUUGUCAACAGGAUGUCAAUAUGAGUUGAAGGGGGCGGCAGUUGAUAAGGCCACGAAUCCGGGCAGGCGGUUUUUAUUUUUCUCGCGGCGUCGCCGCUCGUUCUCGUACGCUUCGCGCGCAAAUUUGGCCGCUACGCCGCUCAUGCGCCCAGCUCGACAAAACCGCUAUGCUAUGCAGGCUACCUUGCACCAAACUGCACCAAUCUAAACCAACCUGCACCUAAUGUGCUAAGUUGCACAAAAUGCACCUACCUGCGCUAACCUGCACAAAGUUGCACCAAACUGCACCAAUUUAAGGAAAGUUUUACUAAACUGCAACAAGUUGGGCCAAGUUGCACCAACUGCACCAAUCUGAACCAAUCUGUACCUAACUGCACCAAGUUGCACCAAUCCGCACCUAACUUCACCAAGCUGAACCAAACUGCUCCAAUCUGCACCAAACUGCACCCAUCUCUACCAAGUUUCACCAAACGGCACCAAUCUGUACAAACUUGCACCAAACUGAACCAAGUUGCACCAAUCUGCACCAACUUACAAGAAACUGCACCGAGUUGCACCAAAUUGCAGCAAUCCGCAACAAGUUUCACCAAACUGUACAAAUCUGGACCAAGGUUCUCCAAACAGCACUAAUCUGCACCAAGUUAAACCAAACUGCAUUUAGUUGAACCAAUCUGCACAAAGUUGUACCAAACUGCACCAAGAUGCAACACACUAUACCAAUCUAUACCAAACUGCACCAAGUUGCUCCGAGUUCCACCAAACUGCACCAAGUUGCACCAAGUUUCACCAAACUACACCAAUAUGCACCAAGUUGAACGAAACUGCACCAAUCUACACCAAGUUCCACCACACUGCACCAAUCUGUACCAAACUGCACCAAGUUGCAUCACACUGCACCAAGAUGCACCAAUCUCCACCAAGCUGUACCAAACUGCACCAAGUUGCGCCAAACUACACCAAUAUGCACCAAGUUGCACCAAUCUGCACCAGUCUGUACCGAACUGCACCAAAGUGCACCGAAUUGCACCAAAAUGCAGAAGGUUGCACCAAUCUGCACCAAGUUGCACCACACUGCACCAAUCUGUACCAAACUGCACCAAGUUGCACCAAACUGCAUCAAACUACACCAAUAUGCACCAAGUUGCACCACACUGCACCAAGUUGCACCAAGGUGCACCAAUCUGCACCAGUCUGUACCAAACUGCACCAAAAUGUACCGAGUUGCACCAAAAGGCCAAGGUUGCACCAGUCUGUAACAAACUGCACCAAGUUGUAUCAAACUACACCAAUAUGCACCAAGUUGCACCAAGAUGCACCAAUCUGCACCAGUCUGUACCAACCUGCACCAAAAUGCACCGAGUUGCACCAAUCUGUACCAAACCGCACCAAACUGCACCAACUUGCAUCAAACUGCACCAAUAUGCACCAGGUUGAACCACACUGCACCAAUCUGUACCAAACUGCACCUAGUUGUACCAAACUGUACCAAGGUGCUCAAACUACACCAAUAUGCACCAGGUUGCACCAAACUGCACCAUUCAAGCCAUGAUACAGUUGCAGGUUAGAUAAAAAUAAUGAUGAUGAUAAUAAUACUAAAAACAAUAAUAAUGGUUACUUUGGCAAUUUUCAUUGAUCCUCUGUACCAAACUCCACCAAGUUGCACCACACUGCACCGAGAUAAACCAAUCUCCACCAAGCUGCACCAAACUGCACCAAGUUGCACCAAACUACACCAAUAUGCACCAAGUAGCACCAAGAUGCACCACACUGCACCAGUCUGUACCAAUCUGCACCAAGUUGCACCACACUGCACCAAGAUGCACCAAUCUGCAUGAAGUCGCACCAAGUUGCACCACACUGCAUCAAUCUGCACCAAGUUACACAAAACUGCACCAUUCUGCACCAAGUUGCACCACACUGCCCCAAUCAGUACCAAACUGCACCAAGUUGCACCAAAGUGCACCAAGUGGCACCAAGAUGCACCAGUCUCCAACAAGUUCCACCACACUGCACCAAUCUCUACCAAGCUACACCAACUUCCACCGAGUUCCACCAAACUGCACCAAGUUUACCCAGAGCAGACCAAGUUGAACCAAACUACACCAAUAUGUACCAAGUUGCACCAAGAUACACUAAUCUGCACCAAGUUGCACCAAACUGCACCAUUCUGUACCAAUCUGCACCAAGUUGCACCAGAAUGAACGAAGAUGCAUCAAUCUGCACCAAGUUUCACGGAGUUUCACCAAACUGCACCAAGUAGCAUCAAGAUGCACCAAUAGGCAGCAAGUUGCACGAGGAUGCUCCAAUCUGCACUAAGUUGCACCACAGUGCACCAAUCUGUACCAAACUGCACCAAGUUGCACCAAACUGAACUAAGUUCCACCACACUGUACCAAUCUGCACCAAUGUCACAAGCUGCAUCUCCCAGCACCAAGAUGCACCAAUCUUUACCAAGUUGCACCGAGUUUCACUGAACUGCACGAAGAUGCACCAUUCUGCACCAAGUUACACCGCAUUACCCCAAUCAGUACCAAACUGCACCAAGUUGCACCGAUUUUCACCAAACUGCACCAAGUUGCACCAAGAUGCACCAAUAUCCACCAAGUUGCACCAAGAUGCUCCAAUGUGCACCAAGUUGCACCAAACCGCACCGAUCUGCACCAAGUUGCACCAUAGUGCACCAAUCUGUACCAAACUGCACCAAGUUGCACUAAACUUCACUAAGUUGCACCACACUGCACCAAUCUGUACCAAUCUGCCACAAGUUGCACCACACUGUACCGAGAUGCACCAAUCUGCACCAAGUUGCACCACACUGCACCAAUCUGUACCAAUCUGCACCAAGUUGCACCACACAGCACCAAAAUGCACCAAUCUGCAUCAAGUUGCACCGAGUUUCACGGAACUGCACGAAGUUGCACCAAACCGCACCAUUCUGCACCAAGUUGCACUAAGUUGCACCAGAGUACUCCAAUAUGCACCACACUGCACCAAUCUCUACCAAGCUGCACCAAGUUGCACCGAGUUCCACCAAACUGCACCAAGUUGGACCGAAUUUCACCAAAGUAGACCAAGUUGCACCAAACUACACCAAUAUACACCAAGUUGCACCGAGAUACACCAGUCUGCACCAGGUUGCACCAAACUGCACCAAGCUGCACUACAUUGCACCAAGUUGCACCACACUGCACCAAGAUGAAUUAAUCUGCACCAAGUUGUACCAAUCUUCACCAAGUUGCACCGAGUUUCACCAAACUGCGCUAAGUUGCACUAAGCUGCACCACGGAACUAAUCUCUACCAAGCUCCACCAAGUUGCACCGAGUUCCACCAAACUGCACCAAUUUGGGCCGAGUUUCACCAAAGUAGACCAAGUUGCACCAAACUACACCAAUAUGCACCAAGUUGCACCAAACUCCACCAAUCUGCACCAAUCUGUACCUAUCUACACCAAGUUGCACCCCACUGCACCAAGAUGCAUCAAUCUGCACCAAGUUGCACCGAGUUUAACCAAACUGCACCAAGUUGCAGCAAGAUGCUCCAAUCUGCACCAAGUUGCACCACACUCCAUCAAUCUGUACCAAAUUGCACCAAGUAUCACCACACAGCACCAAGAUGCACCAAUCUGCGCCAAGUUGCACCGAGUUUCAUCGAACUGCACCGAGUUGCACCAAGCUGCACCAUUCUGCACAAAGUUACACCACACUGCCCCAAUCAGUACGAAACUGCACCAAGUGGCACCAAGAUGCACCUAUCUGCACCAAGUUGCACCACACUGCACCAAUCUGUACCAAACUGCAUCAAGUUGCACCAAAGUACACUACUUGCACCAAGUUGCACCAAUCUGCACCAAACUGCAUCAAGAUGCACCAAUCUGCACCAAUCUGCACCAAGUUCCACGGAGUUGCAGCAAACUGCACCAAGUUGCACUAAACUAAACCAAUAUGCACCCAGUCACACCAAACCACAUUAAUAUGUGCCAAUCUGCACCAAGUUUUACGAAACUGCACCAAGUUGCACCACACUGAACCAAUCUCUACCAAAGCUGCACCAAGUUGCACCGAGUUCCACCAAAUUGCACCAAGUUGGACCGAGUGUCACCAAAAUGCACCAAACUACACCAAAAUGCACCAAGUUGCACCAAGAUACACCAGUCUGCAUCAAGAUGCACCAAUCUGCACCAAGUUCCAGCGAGUUUCACCAAACUGCACCAAGUUGCACCAAGAUGUACCAAUCUGCACCAAGUUGCACUACACUGCACCAAUAUGUACCAAACUGCUCCAAGUUGCACCAAAGUGCACCAAGUUGCACCGAGUUGCACCAAACGGCGCCAAGUUGCACGAAACUACACCAAUAUGUACCAAGCCGCACCAAGACGCACCAAUCUCUACCAAGCUGCACCAAACUGCACCAAACUGCACCAAUCUGCACGAAGUUGCACCAAACUGGACCAAUCAGCACCAAGUUGCACCACACUGCAUUAAUCUGUACCAAACUACACCAAUCUGAACCAAUCUGCCGCACGCCGCACCAAAUAUCACCAAUCUAUCCCAACUUGAACCAGAUUGUACCAACCUGCACCAAAUUGCACCAACCUGCAUUAAUCUUAACCAAACUGCACCAAGUUGCACCAAACUACACCCAUAUUCACUAAGAUGCACCAAUCUGCACCAAACUGCACAAAGUUUCACCAGACCGCACCAAUCUGCAUCAAUUUGCACCACACUGCACCAAUCUGUACCAAAGUGCAGCAAGUUUCACCGAGUUGCACCAAACUGCAGGAAGGUGCACCAAGGUGCACCAAUCUGCACCACGUUGCACCAAAUUGCAAUACGUUGCACCACAUCGCACCAAUCUGUACCAAACUGCACCAAGUUGCACCUAGUUGCACCAAACUGCACCAAGUUACACCAGGAUGCACCAAUCUGCCCCAAGUUGCACAAAACUGCACCAAGUUGCGCCAAACUGCACCAGGUUGCACCACACUGCACCAGGUUGCACCACACUGCACCAGGUUGCACCACACUGCAUUAAUUUGUACCAAAUUACACCAAGUUGCACCGAGUUGCACCAAACUGCACCAAGGUGCACCAAACUAAACCAAUAUGCACCAAGAUGCACCAAACUGCACCAAGUUGCAUCAAACCGCACCAGUCUUCACCAUGUUGCACCACACUGCAUUAAUAUGUACCAAACUGCACCACGUUUUACCGAGUUGCACCAGACUACACCAAUAUGCACCACGAUGCACCAAGUUGCACCAAACUGCACCAAUCUGCACCAAUUUGCACCACACUGCAUUAAUAUGUACCAAACUGCACCAAGUUGCACCAAACUACACCAAUAUGCACUAAGUCGCACCAAGAUGCACCAAUCUGCACCAAUUUGCAACUCACCGCACCAAUCUGUACCAAACCUCACCAAGUUGCACCAAACUACACGAAUAUCCACCAAGUCGAACCAAGUCGCACCAAACUGCAUUAAGUUGCACCACACUGCACCAAUUUGUACCAAACUGCACCAAGUUGCAUCCAGUUACACCAAACGGCAUCAAGCUGCACAAAGUUGGGCUAAGUUGCCCCAAAGAGUACCACACAGGACCAGCCUUCACCAAUCGGCAUUUAACUGCACCAAAAUUCACUAAUAGGCACCAACGUGCACCAAUCUGUACCAAGUUUGUCCAAACUGCACCAAUGUGCACAUAACUGUACGAAACUCCACCACUCUUCACCAAACUUCAGCAAUCUACAACAAUCUGCAUUAAAUUUUACUAAUCUGCACCAAGUUGCACCUAACUGCAUCACAGCAGCACUCAGCACCAAUUUGCACCAAACUUAAGUACAAUAAGUUUUAAACCGUAUUUGGUCUACAAGGAGCACAAAAUAGUCGCUGAAAUUGUUGGUAGCCCUGGCCGUUUUUUCGCCUCGAUAAGACCUUUCCCCCACAACCUGCAAAAAAUCCCACGGGUAACCCGCUUUCGAUACGGACAACCUCUGCUCCGUGUGAGCGCCGCGCGUCGCCGUGCAUCCGUCGUAUGAGCGCCUGACAGAAGACGAACCCUUCUUGCACCACCCGACGAGCGAAGCGAGAAGGGUAGCCUCGUAUUAUACUUUUGCAUGCUGCUGCCUAGCAUGUCUAUCAUUCAAUAUAAAUCCGGAGAAAGGCAUGUUUCCUGUCUUAAAAUUCUCCAUCUAAUUUUCAGUCUGUUAACAACACAACAAUCGAAUGACGACGAAAAAAAAGACAAUUUUUUCCCCUGUCCUUCAAGAAAGGAUAAGAGAGACCAACGACAAAACGAACACACGCUCCUUUUAAGGCGGCACUAACAGUAAAGUUCGCACUUAAUUUUUUCAAUUGCAUAUAAAUGUUAGUUGAUAUAUUGAGCAAACCAAUGAAGAACUGUUUCCGAAAUCUGGGGAAAAAUUCCGGCUUUUCAGGGGAUUUAAAAGCUCUUGACCUCAAGUUCGCUGUGCAUGUAUGUUCUGUAGCACUUUGUAAUGCCCAUCGCACUUUGUAAUAAAAGUGUUGCAUGUUCUAUUCUGUCUUGUAUGCUAGCUAGUACGCUUAGUACAGCCAUAUUCUUUUAUGUGGGUAUUUUAUUCCACCCUAGUCACGUUAGUACGGCCAUAUUCUAUGUAUGUUCUUACUUUAUUCCGCUUUGCUCUUGUUCGUCUUAAUACAUUAGUACGCUCAGUACGGCUAGGUGUUUUGUAUGUUGGUAUUUUAUUUGGUUUUAGUACGGCCAUGUUAUAAUAAUAAUAAUAAUAAUAAUAAUAAUAAUAAUAAUAAUAAUAAUAAUAAUAAUAAUAAUAAUAAUAAUAAUAAUAAUAAAUGUUAUUUAGCCAGGGUUAUCUCUUCAGCAUAAAAUGCUGCUAUCAAUGAGGGCCCUGGGAAAAAAAAAAAUAUAUUAUAUAUAUAUAUAAAACUAGCCUAAAUUACAGUAACUAAAAACACACUAAAAGUUAAAAAUACAACAAGAUUAAGAAAUUGUUUAAAAAAGCUAAAAUACAGCAAUUAAAAUGCAUUUAAAAGCUAAACUAAUACAAAAACUUAACAAGUAACUAAAAAACUUUUGAUCUAUAUAAUUCCAAAAUACGAGUUUUAAAAAUCACAACUGACUUAGAAUCCUUCAUUUCUCUUGCAAUAUUAUUAAAAAGUUUAGAUCCAUUAAAAUAAAAAGACUUCCUUGCCGUCUCAGUUCUGACUUUGGGGAGCAGCAAGUUGUGCCCUUUUCCCCUCGUGUUGUGGACUGUUCUAAAAACCUUAAAAUAAUCUUUAAAAAACAUUGGAGGUGAUCCCUUCAAGCAUUUAAAAGUCAAAUUGAUAGUGUACAUAUCACGCCUUAUAGACAAGGGAAGCCACUUUAAAUUCUUCUCGGCGUCUGAAUCUUUGGUCUUCAAAACAAUCUUAGCUGCCCUUCUUUGUGCUCGAUCUAACUUAUCACGUUCUAUUUUCCCAAUGCUGCUCCAAGCAACAUCGCAAUAAUCCAUAACCGGCAGAACAAGAGACUGAUAAACUUUAUUGGCUGCAUCGACAGUUAGAUUGUUUCUAAUUCUUCCGAGGACACCAAUUCUCUUGGAAAUCUUAACCAAUAUCUUAUGCACGUGCUGUUUGAAAUUGAGAUUUGCAUCUAUUAGCACACCAAGGUAUUUGUAAUGUUGUGCUUGAUUUAUCGGCUUAUCCCCGAGGAAUAAGCUAAAUGGCCCAUCUGAAAGGGCAGCCGAAGCGAUUCGUUGUUGAGUGCCGAAAAGAACGUAUUCGGUCUUCACAGGAUGAAUGCACAGCUUAUUAAGAUGGGUCCAGGACUGCGACUGUUUUAGAUCUUUAUUCAAAACGGUACUUUUGUUUCCGAUAUUGGAGUCAGCGUAGAAAAGGACAGCAUCGUCCGCAUAAAGUAGGGUCUUUGACUGAAGUAAACAGUUGGGCAAGUCAUUGAUGUAAAUCGAAAACAAAAUCGGACCAAGUAUGGACCCUUGUGGGACGCCAGAUUUUAUCUGCUGAGGUGCAGACUGUGCGCUGCCAUAGACAACAGAUUGACAUCGACUCGUAAGAUAGUUCUUAAACCACCUCAGUUCAUGGUUGUUUAUACCAUACCCAGGCAGUUUCUUAAGGAGAAGUUGGUGAUUUACACUGUCGAAGGCUUUUCGAAAGUCGACAAACACCGCUGCUGUAACACAGCCUUCGUCAAUACCUUUCCUAAUACAAUCCGUGAAGUAUGUAACCGCGUCCUGGGUAGAAUGAUUUUUUCGAAAACCACAGGAAGGGAGAUAGCUGACUGGACUUAUCUAAAUGUUGGAGGUGCUGUAUUUGCGCGGCUCUUUCAAGGAUCUUCGAAGCCACCGGUAAAGCGGAGAUGGGACGGUAGUUAUCCAUACACUUCUUAUCCCCAUCUUUAUAAAGUGGAACCACCCUUGCAUAUUUCCAUUCCUCCGGUAAAACUGCAGAAGAAAUCGAAAGAUUUAUUAUGAUUGUUUGCGGAGCUGAGAUGCUUGGAGCCGCAUCCUUUAGUAAACGGGCUGGAAUUCCGUCAAGUCCUGUACCAUUCGAUGUUUUAAGCAGCCUAAGUUGACGAUGAACAAACGCAGCUGAUACUGGUUUCAAAGAGAACAAAGAUUGACUUGAAUUAUUCAAACAUGCUUCUGUGCUCAGCUGGUUCCAGUUAAGAGGUGGAAUACUAGAAAGCACCUUUUCCACAACAUUUGUAAAAUAUGUACAGAAACCGUUUGCAAUAGUAAGGGCAUCCAUGGUUGUUUUUCCAUCUACUGUGAUAGGCUCAAUAGGAGGAGACAGAUGACAGAUAUUCAGUAAAACGUGUAGGACAAUACUUGCUGUAGUUUUUGCAUUUUAUCGUUCGUGGUUUAAACUUUAGCGAGUUCAACUUUCUUAUAAAAGCCGUCAUGUCAUGAUCACUGAGUGCUGACUUGACCACCUUGACUAAGGUAAUAUUCUGUGGUUGAGAAGUACAGAUAAUGUCAAUAAGAGUUUGGGAUUCCCUUGUGACUCUUGUAGGCGCAUUAACAACCUGUGUCAUGUUCAUGCUUUGAAGAAUGCUAUUGAGCUUCUUUGUUUCUCCCUGACACCUCGCACCAGGUGAAAAAUUACAAUUUAAAUCGCCCAUUAUAAUCAUGUCUUUCUUUUCGGCAUUGGCAACUUCUAAAACAUUCUCAAACGACGACAUAAACUCCACAUCCAAGAAAUCAGAUCCAUCUGGGGGACGAUAAAAUGUUCCCAACAGAAUCCCUUUUGAAUGAGGCUGAAUAAGUUCUAUCCAGAUAGCUUCUAGCUCGGGUUUUUCUAAAUCGUCUCUUCUAAGAAGAUAAAGAAUCCGCUAAAUAAACACAAGAACCCCACCACCUCUGUAAUUACUCUGUCGAUCCUUUCGGUAAAGUUUAUGUAUGUUGGUAUUUUGCGGGGGUCUUAGUGCGCUAGUACAAAUAGAACGGCCAUCUUCUAUUUAUGUUGGUAUUUUAUUCCGUCUUAGUAUGUUGGUACGCUUAGUACAGCCAUGUUUUAUGUAUAUGUUAGCCAUAUAAGUUUGGCAACCGAAUAAUGCAUCCAUCUCACAGUCGUAUAAUCGCGUAAUCGAAUACAAGCUAAAAAUACGUUGUUCAGGUGUACUAAAGAAAAAUAAAGAAAAUUCAUUCCUAAACUUGGCAUAGUAUAUUACCUUAGUCACCCAAGUUACCCUAGUCAACCUAGUCACCCUAGUCACCUUAGUCACCCAAGUUACCCUAGUCAACCUAGUCACCUUAGUCACCCUAGUUACCCUAAUUACCCAAGUCACCUUAGUCACUGUUGUCACCUAAGUCACACUAGUCACCUAAGCACACUUUUGACGCAAAUGUUCUCAUACCCACAUUGAGUCUUACAAGGUCUGUUCCAGUUUUGCUUGUUUACAUUAAUGAUUAAGUUGUACAUGAAGGAAUUAAAGUGCCAAUAACCUAAAAAACUUUAUUAUGUUAACACCUUAAUAAAACAACUUCCCGAGACUCUUGCUGUUCCGCUGACCAUGAAAUUGACAGGCUCAUUUGUGACUUCUUAAGACAUAAUUCAGGAACUAAAUAAACGGGACUUUAUGCAUGCUUAUUUCUUUCGUGGGGUCUUCAGUAUUGUUACAUCUCACUGAAACUCAUCUUACUGGCUUGUUUUCAGUUUGUCAAAUGGAGGAAAUAUUUCUAGAAAUCCAUACCUACGUCCUAAAAUAGCAGCAAAUUUGAACGCGUUUAAAAAAAAUUUAACAAAGUCAUGUUAUGUAAAAAUCGAAAAAUUUUCUCAGAGGUUCUCGUAACUAAGUAUACUGUCAAUUAAAGAAGUAAAAACUUUAGGUUAUGGACACUUUAGGUAUAUCUUUUGAGACAUACUGUAUUGACCGAUAUCUCUUUUAGGGGAUGUAACCCGUGCAUUAGAAGACUUGGACAAAGCAAUUGACUUGGCUAAAGGCCGUGGGACUGCAGCAGCACAGGCCUACACACAGCGAGGCUUGAUCCAUAGGCUGAAUGGAGAGGAGGACAGAGCACGAGAAGACUUUGAAAAGGCUGCAGCGUUAGGCAGCGCCUUUGCUAAAUCAGUGGUUGUACAGAUGAAUCCCUAUGCUGCAAUGUGUAACAGGAUGCUUACUGAAGCUAUUAACAAACUGAAAGGAGAAGAUUGGUAG